AUGAUCAGACUCCGAAGAAACCUCAGCUACUUUCGCUACCACUACGUCGCAACACUUCUCAUCAUGUUCCUCAGCCUAUUCUGGCAUCUCAUCUCUAUGAUCGUCUUUCUCCUUGUCUUUGUUGCCUGGUUCUACUUCUACAUCUCUCGCCACAGCCCCCUCGUCGUGUUCAACCAAACCCUCGACGAUAGAACCGUGCUCUGCGUUUUGGCAGUUAUCACUAUCGUGGCGCUCGUUUCUACUCACGUUGGCCUCAACAUCUUGCUGUCGUUGAUCAUCGUCGUGGUGUUCGUUGGCCUGCACGGUGCGUUUAGGGUUACUGAAGAUUUGUUUCUUGAGGAGGAAAGUGGGUUGCUUUCAGUUGUGGGAACUCAGCCUGGCUCAAAUUUCGAUGCUGGGUACUUGGUUUUGAAGAGUAGUCGGAAUUGCAAGUAUGUUGAUUUCCUGAGUGGGGAUGAGUUUGUUACUGUGUUUGUGGGGAGGCAUUGA